CCCUGCUGCGCGCUUCCUUAAUAACUCAACUGUACUCGUGUUCACGUCUAUUGGCUCAGAGUGACUCGUUUCCCAUAUAGGUGAUUUUACACUGACCUGGCUACUUGGAACGGUUUCAAACAACACAAUUCACACGAAAUGUCUAAAUUGGAGCAGGUCCUUGAUCUUGAACCACCGUAUGAUCUCAAAUUUAAAGGUCCCUUCACAGAAGUGGUGACCACAAACCUCAAGCUCAAAAAUCCUUCUGACAGAAAAGUAUGCUUCAAAGUGAAGACGACUGCACCUCGCCGGUACUGUGUACGGCCCAACAGCGGCAUGAUUGAGUCAGGAGCCACUGUCACUGUUUCUGUAAUGCUCCAGCCCUUUGAAUAUGACCCCAAUGAAAAAAGUAAACACAAAUUCAUGGUACAGACAAUCUUUGCACCAUCCACUGCUACAGACAUGGACGCAGUGUGGAAAGAUGCGAAGCCAGAUGAUCUGAUGGACUCCAAGCUGAGAUGUGUGUUCGAACUGCCCUCUGAAAACGAUAAAAUGAAUGAUGUCGAUGCAACCAAAGCUGCCCCCGUCCUCAACUCCAAAGCAGAUGGCACUUCGGCGCCAAGGCCCAGCAGCGCGUCCAUGGAUGACUCUGAGAUGAAGAAACUGAUGGCUGAGUGCAAGAGGCUGCAGUACGAUGUGGGCAAACUCUCAGACGAGAACCGACAACUCAAGGACGAGGGCCUGAGGAUGAGGAAGUCCCACCGGUCAGACGACAUGGUCACCGGCUCGGGCGCCAUGAUGAGCAAACAGCAUUCUUCCAGCUCCCUCCCCUCGCUAAUGGUCGUCAUAGCAGCUAUCUUCAUCGGAUUCUUCCUAGGGAAGUUUGUCUUGUAGGGGUGGGGAGGGGGUGGGCGGGAGAGAAGGAAAGCGGGCCGGCAUAGGCUCUCAUUUGUCUCCCAAGACCCUCAAGGUUAAAGUGUGUGUUAUUGUUGACCUGCCAUUAUCAGUGAUAGUGUCAGCUCACUGCGUACGUACAUAUGUUCUGUGUACCUGAAUCAUAAACUGGCCUCGCCUUUUACAAUCUCACACUGUUAGUACACAUGUGGGGAAAAACAGAGAGGAAUGAGCUUUCUCUGGGGUUUUCUGGGGGGGGGGGUUCUGUUCAGCCGUUGUGUUCUUUUUUUGGGGGUGAGGCAUCAGGUGAGGGAGAUUUUCUUAACUCAAAUUUUACACUUGUUAGAGCAUCGAUAACAGGCGAGUCGGGGUACUGGGUUCAAGACUUUGGUUGAACAAUUCUAAUGAGUUCUCUUUCUGUGGUUUUAAUAAGAGUUGGAAUGUUCACUGUCUUGUAUGUUAUUUUAAUCAUUUUAAUAAAAUGGGAUGGGGGGGGCCUUCCAAGCAAAAGACUGCUAAAUGUUGCUGGAUGGCCUCUUACAUUGAAAUGUAACUGAAUUCUUAAAUCCUUAAUUUUUCUUGAGGAAUGUGAAACAAUACAGUAUGCUGGGAAUAUAGGUGUCUCCUUCCAUGGACAUUUCCUGUUUCCUACUGACACACACAGAAUUAUUACAUUUCUUUCUAGAUUUUUUCUUUACACAAGUUAUAUAUCCCUCGUGAGGCAAACGUUGACUGAAAAGAUCUCUGUUCUUGCAGUCCUGUCCCAUGGUAUUUAACAUUGAAAUAAAAUGUUUAACAUUA